AUGUAUAGGUCACAAUUCCAACGUGUCUUGCGGUCGCAAAGGUCUGCACUCGUACGCGGUCCAUGUCGGACAGGCGUUUCCCCUCAAGCUCGCGUGGCAUUCUCCACAACAGGGCGGCGCGACAUCAUGGGGAUGACCGGCUUCACAGAAGAACAGCUCACAGUCCGUGAAGCUAUCUCGCACAUUUGCUCCAAGUUCCCAAACACAUACUGGCAAGAGCGCGAUCAACAGGAAAAAGAUCCCAAGGAAUUCCACGCUGCGCUGGCUAAAGAUGGAUGGCUUGGCAUUGCUUUGCCCGAAUCUCUAGGAGGCGCGGGUUUAGGCAUUUCUGAGGCCACAAUGAUGAUGCAGACUAUCACACAAUCUGGCGCUGGUAUGGCCGGUGCGCAGGCCAUCCACGCCAACGUGUAUGCGACACAGCCAUUGGCCAAGUUUGGCACCAAGGAGCAGCUGGAGACUACGAUUCCAAAUAUUAUCAACGGCACAUGGCGCACCUGUUUUGGCGUGACCGAGCCAAACACCGGUCUCGAGACGCUUAAGCUCAAGACCUUGGCCAGCAAAACCGACGAUGGCUAUUCCGUCACCGGCCAGAAGAUCUGGAUUACAUGUGCACAAGUGGCAUCAAAGAUGAUCCUCCUCGCCCGGACCACUCCUCUCGAAGAAGUCAAGAAAAAUAGCGAAGGUCUCUCCAUUUUCUGUAUCGACAUUGACCGCGAAAACCCUGGUCUAGAUCUGCGUAAGAUCAAGAAGAUGGGUGGACGCGCCGUGGAUGCCAACGAGGUCUUCUUCGACAACUAUAAAAUUCCCGCAAACACGUUGAUCGGUGCCGAGAACCAAGGCUUCAAGAUCAUCCUCCACGGCAUGAACGCAGAGCGAUGCCUUCUAGCCGGCGAAGCGCUAGGGUUGGGUUAUGCUGCGCUGGAAAAGGCCGCGCAGUACGCCAAGGACCGAGUGGUGUUUGGGCGACCGAUCGGUCAGAACCAGGGUGUGGCGCAUCCGUUGGCUGACGCGUACAUGAAGCUGGAGGCGGCGAAGCUGGCUACGUACCAUGCGGCCCGACUUUAUGAUAGCAACGAUGCCUCGAUUCCGUUCCAGGACAUCGGUGUCGCGUGUAACAGUGCCAAGUACUUGGCUGCUGAGGCUGCUUUCACGGCUUGUGAGCGGGCGGUGCUGGCGCAUGGCGGCAUGGGUUAUGCGGUUGAGUAUGAUGUGGAGCGGUACAUGCGUGAAUGCUUCGUGCCUCGCAUUGCGCCUGUCAGUCGGGAGAUGAUCCUGAAUUAUGUUAGCGAGAAGGUGCUUGAGUUACCUCGCAGCUAUUAG